AUGGCUCAAUCAGGAUCAGACGACUUACCGCGUGAAUCAGCGCCUGGGAUACGAAGGAACCAGUCGCUCGACGGCCCUAAAAAACGCAAGAUUGAGUCCGCGCUCGUCGGGUCUGACUUGCGCUCCCCGAAGCAGACGAGAAUUGCUCAAUUGGACACGUCUCCUCCCGCAUCGGCCUCGAGGCCGGGAUUCUGGUCAAUCUUCGACAACCACACGGGCAAGCUCGAGAAUUAUUUCACCGUGGAGUCAGCGACGCUUGGCGCGGGGCAAUUCGGCGUUGUGAGGCGGUGCGUCGAGAAUGCAACGAAUCAGGCCUUCGCGUGCAAAACAAUCAUUAAAGACCGAUUGCUGACGUCACCGGCGCGGGACGAGGUGCGGCGCGAGGUGGCGGCGAUGCGCAGCGUGUCGGGGCAUCCCGGCGUUGUCCAAUUGCGCGGGGUUUUUGAAGACGAGCGACAGGUUCACCUCGUCAUGGACCUGUGCGACGGUGGCGAACUAUUCGACGAAGUCGUGCGACGCGGGCGAUUACCGGAGAGAGAAGCCGCGCUUAUUUUUCGCCAAAUCGCCUCCGCCGUCGCGUUCUGUCACUCGAAGAACAUAAUGCACCGCGAUUUAAAGCCCGAAAACAUCCUCCUCGCAUCCUCAGACACCUCACGACUCCCCACUGCCAAGCUCGCCGAUUUUGGAUUCGCAGUUCCCAUCCCCCCCGGACAUCGCGCGUGUGGCGUCGCGGGUUCGCCGUUCUACAUGGCGCCGGAAGUACUGACAGGCGAGUACGGGGUGGAGGCGGACGUGUGGUCGCUGGGCGUGGUGCUGUACGUGCUGCUGAGCGGCAGCCCGCCGUUUUGGGGCGCGGACGACAACGGCGUGUUCCGCGCCGUGCUGGAGGCGCCGCUGCACCUGACGAGCGGCGCGUGGGCGGGGGUGUCGGCGGAGGCCAAGGGGCUGCUCCGCUGCAUGCUGCACCGCGACCCGCGCCGACGCCCCUCCGCCGCCAAGCUGCUCUCCCACCCCUGGAUCCUCGUCCACGCCUUCGGCGGCCGCGUCCCGGGUGGGUAUCAUAGGACAUGGACAGAUGGUUAG